AUGAAAUCUUUUUUGAAGUUUUUUUCUUUUCCUAUUCUCAUUUGUAUGCCUCAAUUAAUUCCGUCCUACAUAUGGUCGUCCUCAUUGCGACAAGGGUACCUGUCUGCGAUGACUUUUUAUUCAGUACGAAGUGACGCGAAGCUUAUCCGGAAAAACAGUGAAACUCUUUGUCCCGUCCCCGGUCUCUUGGUCUUGUUUCCUCGUCAACAGCAUGAGCAGCGUCUUCCCUUUUCCCCUCGACACGUGGCGCUCUCCCUCACCGCGUAUCUCCGCCACGUCCUUCGUGACACGUGCUCUGCCAUGUCGCGGGCAUACGGGAUCGCGACACGUGUCCUGAGCAGGCGUUACGUGGAAAAAAUUGAGGAUCCGUGCUGUGCUGACUUCACUCGGAUAAGGUCUCAUUUUGUCUCCAAGCAAGAAAGGUUUUAUCCGCGAUGUACCCCGAGAAACUCUGGUCCACAGUCCCGUGAUUCACCGCCGAAGAGAGACACCGGUAUCGCAAAUGAGAAGGACUGGGGCAUCAACUUGUUAAAUGAAAACGUUAAUGAGACUGGCACUAAUGAAGAUGGCAGUACUUGGUACAGAGAGAGCGGGGAAGACUUGGGCGAUAAUGGAUACAGAUGUAGAUGGGCAAGGAUGGGCGGUCGAUCUCAUGACGGUUCUUCAGAAUGGAAAGAAACGUGGUGGGAGAAAAGUGACUGGAGUGGUUACAAAGAGCUAGGAGUAGAGAAAUCUGGAAAAAAUGCAGAAGGGGAUUCAUGGUGGGAAACAUGGAACGAAGUUUUGUAUCAAGAUGAAUGGAGCAACCUAGCGAGGAUAGAGAGGAGUGCACAGAAACAAGCAAAGUCAGGCACUGAGAAUGCUGGUUGGUUUGAGAAAUGGUGGGAGAAGUAUGAUGCCAAAGGGUGGACUGAGAAAGGGGCACAAAAGUAUGGUAGACUGAAUGAACAGUCGUGGUGGGAAAAAUGGGGAGAGAAUUUUGACGGACGAGGAUCUGUCCUAAAAUGGACAGAUAAAUGGGCGGAGACAGAGCUUGGGACCAAAUGGGGAGACAAGUGGGAAGAUAAAUUUUUUGCUGGCAUAGGUUCACGUCAAGGGGAGACAUGGCAUGUAUCUCCAACUGGCGAACGAUGGUCGAGGACGUGGGGGGAGGAACACUUUGGAAAUGGAAAUUUGCUUGCUUUUCCUAAUGCAUUCCAGGUCUACAAGUUACAUUUGGCUUCCGUUUUUAUAUCAGGAAGGUGCACAAGUAUGGGAAGAGCACGACCGGUGAAAGCUGGGAUAUCAUUGUCGACGAGGAAACUUAUUACGAGGCUGAACCUCACUACGGGUGGGCAGAUGUCGUCGGCGAUUCGACCCAGUUGCUCUCAAUCAAACCCCGUGACAGACCACCUGGUGUUUACCCAAAUCUCGACUUUGGUUCGGCUGCAUCACCCCCUCCUGACGAUUCUGAGGAACCACCAGCAGCCCCCUUGUAAGGAGGAUCUAAGUCUUCAGCAUUGUUCUUUCUAUCGUUCAAGUCCAAUUGUAUUCGUCCGAACCCCUCAUGUAGCAGUAGUUAUGUGAAUUAUUGUUUGAUUAAUUCAUUCUUUCCAUAGUGUAUUCCGCUUAAACCCCCAACUUAAAACAGCUCCUUUGUGAUUGUUUGAAACACGACUCUUUCUCCA